AUGGUCGAGAGCAUCACCUCCGGUCAGUGGGGUCAGAGUAUCUUCGGCGGCGUCACGGUGCUUGGGCCAUCUGACCUCUCUGCCGAAGACUCACGACGCUUGAUCGACAACGGCAAGCAGUCCGUCGCAGCCUUUGUCAGGGUCAAAGGUCUGCGCAAGUCUCUGCUGGAGAAGAAGAAGACGUCGGAGUCGUCAGCGUCGUCAGCGUCGGCCGAGUCGGAGUCGUGGAUGUCGGACCCGGCCGUCGUUGACGUUUUGGACAAUGGGCUUGAGUGUCAGCAGGUCGAGUAUGCUGAUUGGAUGGACCGGCCAUUGCAGAUGUGCUGGCAGUGCCUUUGCCACGAUGAGUCGA